GGAGAUGGCCAUGGGCAACUUAAACAAAUCACAAUGAUUUUUGCCUAAAUUAAAUAUAUGAAAUGCCUUCAAUGGCUCCCAUGUAAUCGCCUUGGAAUGCUUAUAAAAUGGCUGUCAUUUGUUUGGCUAAAAUGUUAUCUCUCUCAAUGUGCCCGUUUACUUGGCCGAAUGUGUUAUCGCUGAGGACGAUUGCAAACCAUGCCGCUGGACAGCUGGGAUCUGUGAACAGACAUUGCAUUACACGCACUGCCUUACAGAAAUGCAUGAGAAAAACUUCCCAUCAGUAUGGAUGCUCGAAGCAUUCUCGAAGCGUACAUGCAACGUCGUCGCUGAUGGUCUCAAAAAUUUUGUCCGUAGACGAGAUCUUUACAAAGAGGUCGUUACAUGAUUACCUCAAGAGAGUUGAGGCAGAGUACCACAGCUACUUGGAAAUCGUCAACACAGCAGCUCAUCAAACAGAUGAUGAAGAUCUAAAACUGAAAAGGACAAGAGUUGCUAGUUUAGGACCACUGGUCCAAAAAAUCAGAGAUCUGGAACUGAAGAAGAGAGAAUUAGAAGAAACCAAAAUGCUGUUGAAUGAUAAUGACCCAGAUAUCCGUGAUUUAGCGGAGACUGAGACAGAAGCUUGUCACAUAGCCAUCCAGGAUCUGAAACAAACAAUCCUGUCUCUUCUAAUCCCUGAGGAGGAAUCUGACAUGAGUGACCUGGUUUUGGAGGUCACUGCUGGGAUUGGAGGUCAAGAGGCUAUGCUCUUUACAGCUGAAAUUUUUGACAUGUAUCAGGGUUUUGCUGCUUUUCAUGGCUGGAGCUUUGACACACUGGAAUACAUGCCCAGUGAUCUAGGUGGGUUGCGGCAUGCUGCUGCCAGUAUCAGUGGCCCACUGAGCUAUAAAAAGAUGAAGUUUGAAGCAGGAGUUCACCGCGUCCAGAGAGUCCCAAAAACAGAGAAACAGGGACGCAUGCACACCAGUACAAUGACAGUGGCAGUGCUGCCGCAGCCAACUGAGAUCUCUUUUACAAUCAAUCCAAAAGAUCUUAGGAUUGAAACAAAGAGAGCUAGUGGAGCUGGGGGUCAGCAUGUCAACACAACUGACAGUGCAGUAAGAAUUGUUCAUGUUCCUACAGGCAUAGUCUCUGAAUGCCAGCAGGAACGUUCCCAAAUAAAGAACAAGGAAAAAGCUAUGAAAGUUCUGCGAGCCAAACUUUACAGCAUGAAGCUAGAGGAGGAGACCAGUAAGAGAUAUCAGACACGCAAACUGCAGAUUGGCACCAAAGGUCGGUCUGAAAAAAUCAGGACUUACAACUUUUCCCAAGACAGAAUCACAGAUCAUCGGAUUGGAAAAACUGUGCAUGACAUACAUGGAUUUUUGUCAGGAGAGGAGUUAUUGGAGGAAAUGACUGAAUCUUUACAACGGUUUUCUGAGCAAGAGGCUCUCAUGGACAUUCUUGAGGCUAAUGACCAAUAA